GCUCUUAAACUCUCCAGAAACUGAUGUCGCUUUAACAAUAAUGGACCGAGAGCUGAACGAAGAGGAACUGCAGGAUUUGUACGCAUGGAUAGACAAAAUAUCUCUGUCCAGGCCCAAAAGACACAUCACAAGAGACUUCAGCGACGGAGUGAUGGCUGCAGAGGUUGUCAAAUAUUUCUUCCCAAAGCUUGUUGACCUGCACAACUAUAUUCCUGCAAACUCCACACAGCAGAAGCUCAGUAACUGGAACCUUCUCAACAGGAAGGUGUUUUCCAAGCUAAACUUCCAUGUGCCUGAGGAGACAGUGAGGAGGAUUGCACUGAGCACCACAGGAGUGAUAGAGCCUGUACUGAGCGCCCUCAGGGAGAAGAUAGACAAGAAACUGGAGCAUACUACAGAAAAUAUACUGGAUUUGGAAUACUACGACACUGGAAACCAGGAGAAACUUCAUACAGAAACUCGUCAGACUGAAGCAAAACUUGUGGCUCGGCUGGCAGGAGAAGAGAUGAGAAAAGAUGAAAAGAACAGACUAAAGAAUGGAAAACCACAGCACGCAGCGCAGUUUUACUCAGACAUGGACCCUGCUUUACGACUAUUUCUGCAGGAAAAAGAGCAAGCUGUGAUGGCCUUGCAGGAGACCGUGGAGAUCCUGCAGAUGAAAGUGAACAGGUUAGAGCAUCUGGUUCACUUGAAGGACAUGCGGAUCGAAGAUCUGACACGGCAUCUGGAGACAUACAAAGCAAAAGGCAAUGCACGCUGACAUGAAUAUGUACAUACAGAGAACUUGUUAUUGUAGCUCUGAGGUUUAACCCUUUAACUCCAAUAAACUCAUAAA